ACCUCGAGUCACGCCUCCUGGGCCAGAGGCGCCGCGCCUUUGGUCGCUGCCAGCUCCUGCCGAAGUCGCUGCCCUGCGGAGAAGCGGGUCUCGCCGGGGUCGCGCGAGCUGCUGGCCCGACGCGUAAGACUGAGUCCACAGGACCCUGGGGCUCAGAACCAGGAAGGGCUGCGGGAACAGAGUCUGCGUGCCCCCGCUCCCCGAGCGAGGGGCUCCGUGUCGGGGCCUCCCUCCCCUUGCACUCGCACCCUCCGGGCCGUGCGACCCCAGGACUCCUCGCCGGGAGAUGGCCGCGUGGAUGCGGGGCAAGGACCCGUCCCGCUGCCUGCUCCUCCUGGCCGCAGUGCUGAUGGCGGAGAGCGCGCAGAUCGGCAGCUCGCGGGCCAAACUCAACUCCAUCAAGUCCUCUCUGGGCGGGGAAACGCCGGCGCAGGCCGCCAAUCUAUCCGCGGGCGCGUACCAAGGACUGGCUUUCGGCGGCAGUAAGAAGGGCAAGCACCUGGGGCAGGCCUACCCUUGCAGCAGCGACAAGGAGUGCGGGCCCGGGAGGUACUGCCACAGCCCGCACCAGGGCGCGGCGGCCUGCGCGCUGUGCCGCCGGAGGAAGAGGCGCUGCCGCCGCGACGGCGCGUGCUGCGCGGGGACGCGCUGCAGCAACGGCCUCUGCAUCCCAGUCACCGAGAGCAUCCUCACCGCCUACAUCCCAGUGCUGGCCGGCACCCGGCACAGGGACCGCAACCACGGCGCCCACAUCCCAGCGCUGGCCGGCACCCGGCACAGGGACCGCAACCACGGCCACUACUCAAACUACGACUUGGGAUGGCAGAACCUGGGAAGACCACAUGCAAAGAUGUCACACAUAAAAGGGCAUGAGGGAGACCCCUGCCUGCGAUCGUCGGACUGCAUUGAAGGGCUUUGUUGUGCUCGCCACUUCUGGACCAAAAUCUGCAAGCCGGUGCUGCACCAGGGAGAGGUCUGCACCAAGCAGCGCAAGAAAGGCUCCCACGGGCUGGAAAUUUUCCAGCGCUGUGACUGUGCCAAGGGCCUGUCUUGCAAAGUGUGGAAAGACGCGACCUAUUCCUCCAAAGCCAGACUCCAUGUGUGUCAGAAAGUUUGAUCACCACCAAGGAAAAUCAUCACUAGCAGACUGUGAAUUUGUGUAUUUAAUGCAUUAUAGCAUGGUGGAAAAUAACAUGUGGAAUGCAAAAGAAUGGCCAAAAUAAGAAAUGUGAUAAGAAUGUAGAUCACAGCAAGAGAAAGAAAAAGAGAACUGACUAGAUUAGAAUGGGUGACAAAGGCAACACAGCCAGUGUGUUUCCAUUAUGCAACUUUUUAAAUGUAAAUAAUGUACACAUUUGCGAAAACGCCAUGAUUUAAAAACAAAGCACACAAUAGAAAUUAUGGAAAAAUAAAUACCAUGUGACUAUCAAGAGUUUAGGUUGGGCUAGAGGAAAGGUUUCCUUCAGAUUGGAGAUUGCCUACAAAAAUAACCUAAAAGCCAUGUUUCUAUUCAAAGUUAUAGUUUAACAAAAUACUUCCAGUAUACUUGAACAUACAAUAGGCUCUAAAAUGAAAAAAGUUGUUAAACAGGAAAUAAAAACAUGGAGCAUAAUUUGCAACACAGAAUAACCUUUUAAUUUGGAGCACUAAUUCUGCUGCUUAAUUAAAGGCCUUGGUAAAUGAAAAGAAGUAGUCAGAAGUUAAUAUUUUCCAAAUAAUUUCAAAAUCAUGGCAGGUGUUUUAUCAAGAACUUCUAGGGGGAAAAAACUUAUUUUUCCACAAACUGCUACUGACAUUUUUCAAAAGUUUAAUUUUGCCUGUAAUUAGUUAGAACUGGUAUAAGACAAAAACAGUCCCUUCAGAGUCUAAAUGCAUGACAGCGCAUGUGUCUUUAUCCUAUGUGAUUCCUGCCCUGAAUACUUUUUAUUUUCCAAAAUAUAUCCAUCAAUUGAGACUAGCACAAUACUCGCAUGGCACAGAAUUUUCACAGAUUGCUAAAAAUUUAAAGAUGCUCAAUAUAUGUUGGAAACAAGCUAAUGGAGAGAUCGUUGGUUUUUUUAUAGCUUUGCCAUGGCCUAUGUUUUCACAGAUUAGACUGAUAAAGACAUUUUAUGUUUUAUAUGCUCAGCAGUAACAGAGACUCGAGCCAUACCUGCACUGCACUGAAGCGCAGCGCUAACCUGGGGGAAACGCUGUCCAUUCCCCAGGUUUUGGCAACACAUAGGUCAUGUGUCUGGAGCACAAGCUGACUUUUCAUCUUUGAAACUGGAGGCUGCACAGCAUAAAUGAAAUAUCUCCAUGGGAUUUGCUUUCAUAAUAUUUACUACACAGAUGAAUCCAGCCUGAGGUCCUUUGCCCUUACUUUCCUCAAAAUAUUUAUUUUAUAUUUUUGAGGUCCUAAAAUAAUCUUCCUCUAAGGAGUUCUCACGCAAUGGACUCCCCAGGUAGACAGUGUAGGGAGGCUCCAUUGCCUUCCAGAAGCUUCUGAUGAACCAACAGCACCAUCUGUUUGUUUGGUUUUAUUGUCCCAAACUCUCCCUGCAAUAGCUGUUUCAUUGCCAAAGAUAUAGUUUCUGUUCCUGCAGCCAUUGAGGUUACGAAAUAUAAAUAGAAUAACUUGUAAAAUCUACAUAUUGCUAAUCUUUAGAAACCAAAGUUUCUAAAUUCUUUGAAACAACUUUACUACUUUUUUACUUAACUCAGUUCUAAAUAUUGUGUCUAGAGCAUAAAAGAAAACAAGGUUAUCUUAUAGUUGUUACUUUAAACUUUUACAGACCCCAAGUCACUCCUUAAUUUUCUUUUAUUGAAACUCCAUCUGCAGUCUCCAAUUUAAGUUCUCCUAGUAGAAACUGAAUUUGAGCCUGUAUCUCUAUUAAGAAUUUUAGCUUCCCACACACAUUUACUAGGAUGAUUAAGAUUUAUGUUUUCUGCACGUCUGCAAAAACAAAAAUUAUAAGCUAAAUUAUCCAAGAACUAAAGUUUGUACAAGCAGAUUGCUGUAAGCUUGGUGACAUGAGAAUGGAACAUUUCCGUCAAAUGUUUCCUAUAUAGCAAUUACAUUCACAAUCUGGUUUCUGCAUUAUUUCCUUAUGUUCACCCUUUCAAAAAUUAUUAUUCGAAGUAAUUUAUUUACAGGAAAUGUUAAUGAGAUGUAUUUUCUUAUAGAGAUAUUUCUUACAGAAAGCUUUGUAGCAGAAUAUAUUUGUAGCUAUUGACUUUGUAAUUUAGGGAAAAUGUAUAAUAAGAUAAAAUAU